CUUUCAAACCUGGCUUGUUAGUGGGUCCUGAGGACAGGAGUGGAGAACCACUGGCUUAGGCAGUUACAAAAACUGCUUGGACAAGGAGAUACUGAGGAAUCCUUAUACAACUUCAUUGCAGGAAGUCUGAAAGUGUGUUACUCUAAAUUGGUCUUCAUCAGAACACGAUGACCCACAAGGGAGAUGAGUGCUUUCAACAUGAGAACAUUUUCAUUUUUAAGUCAAAUCAUACAGUUCCCCAAAUUAUUAAUCCUGGAGAGAAACCAUUUUCAUGUUCUGAACUUGAAGAACACUUCACUAAGAACUUGAUUUCCUUUGAACACCAGACAAGUCUCACAUCAGAGAAGCCAUCAGAGACCCCAUUUAAAUGUUUUGAAUGUGGCAAGUGCUUUACAAGAAAGGCAACUCUUGUUCACCACCAUAAUAUUCACACAGGAGAGAAGCCAUUUAGAUGUUUAAUAUGUGACAAGUCCUUCAGAAGCAAUAAGAAUUUGACUUUACACGAAAAGAUUCACAUGGGACAGAAGUCAUUUGGAUGUCCAGAAUGUGGCAAAUACUUCACGCUCAAGUAUAGUCUUGCUAGACACCAGAGGUUUCACAAAGAUGAGAAGCCGUAUACGUGUUUGGAAUGUGGCAUUUCCUAUGCUACAAAUACCCAUCUUAUUAAACAUAAGAAGACUCACAGAGGAGAGGAGCCAUUUAAAUGUCCUACAUGUGGCAAAUGCUAUGCAGACUACAAAAAUCUUAUUCAACAUCAGAUGAUCCACACAGCUGAGAAGCCAUUUAAAUGCCUUGAACAAGAAAGCCAGGCCAGCUCGUUACAUACGACCUCUAUCUCUCUUUUUAUAAGUCAUCAUAUGAUGGCUGUAGAAUAACACACCCAUGGGGGGGAAAACUGUACUACCUUUACCCACAGCUUCUACACUGGAUAGGCUUGCACCACAAUUCUUCCAGCGAGAUCCUGCGAAACAGGGUAUUCCAAAUCUUGGAAGACAAUGCAUGUUCUUAUGAUAUUUAUCAUGCUUUUAAUUCCCGGGACUUAGAAAGGUUUCAAAAAGAAAGUAGAAGUACACCACACACAGGAUGAAGCUGUGGGUGUCUCUAUAAUAGUGCAGUGCCACGUCCUGCAUAUAUUGAAAAGUUGAUGUUGGAGAGG